GUGCCGCCGAAGAAGAGCCGCUUGACUUCAUCUACGCGUCAACAAACAACUUUGAGACUUGACCAGUGUUGGCAAGGCGGCCGCUACGGUAUUGCUAUCAGCGUCAAUAUCAUGGCACAUCCAGAAUUGUAGCCAUGGGGAUUCCAGGCAUCCUAAAAGAGAUCGGUAAGGGCGAGCGGGUGGCGUUAGCAAAGUUGGCCAUUGAGCAUCUUGAACGCUCACACCGACCGUUGCGCAUAGCCAUCGAUGCAGCAAUAUGGAACUUUCAGACCCAGGCCGGCCAAGGUGGAAAGAAUCCUGCCCUUCGAACACUCUUUUACCGUCUGUUGAAACUACUUGCUUUGCCAAUUGAUCCGGUGUUUGUAUACGAUGGCAAGAAUAAACCUCUCACCAAGCGAGGCAAGACCGUCUCGAGGUACGGGUCAUGCAUCUCAAACGAGACUUCCAAGAAACUCAUCCAGGCAUUCCGGUUUCCGCAUCAUACAGCCCCAGGAGAGGCCGAAGCGGAAUGUGCUAUGCUCCAGCGGAAUGGUCUGGUGGAUGCCGUGAUGAGCCAAGACGUUGAUGCGAUCAUGUUCGGAUCAACCUUGACACUGCGGGACUGGUCCAAAGAAGCCUCAAAACACAACAAGUCACCCACGCACGUCAAUGUGCUUGAUAUGCCCCGGAUCAAGUCCUUCUCAGGGCUGGACCCGGAUGGAAUGAUUCUGGUGGCCCUUCUGAGUGGUGGAGACUAUGAUGAAGCAGGUGUGAGUGGCAUCGGGUCUACUCUGGCCUGCGAGAUCGCACGAGCUGGGUUUGGAAGCGACCUCUUGGAGCUUGUGCGGAAAGGUGAUGAAAACGGGAUCCAGGAGUGGAGAGAACGUUUGCAAUUUGAGCUUGAAACGAAUGAAAGUGGGUAUUUCAAGGUAAAACGGAAAGCCGUACAGGUUCCAGAGGCAUUCCCCGACCGCAAGAUACUUGGCUAUUAUCUGAACCCUGUGGUCACCCCAGAUGAUGGAUUACCCGUUCUCGAAAGGAAGUGGCAGCAGGCAUGGCAGUCGGAAAUCGACAUCCUGGCCAUGCGAGAAUAUGUUGCAGACACAUUCGAAUGGCUCUAUAAACCGGGCGCUUGGAAAUUUGUCAGAGUCAUGGCUCCAGCGUUGCUUGCCAGUCGAUUAAGACGUGGCGCGGCUGCUCUGGAUAUACGCUCACACAACCAGAUCACGGAGCGGAGAAAACAUUUUGUAAGCGAUGGCAUCCCCGAACUGAGGGUCACUGUUGUUCCGGCGGAGGUUGUUGGUCUCGACCUUGACGCAGAAGAAGACAGUCGUGAAUACCUAGAGAGCCUGGCGGCCGACGAUGAAGGUCAAGAUGAUGCUGAAGCUGGCAAUGAGGAUCAAGGCGAACUUGUGCUCUCAAGCCCUUCAAAAAAGAGAAAGACUCCACCGUGGUUGCCCGAUGUGCCUGAGAAGAUGUGGAUUGCAGAGACGAUAGUUGAGAUCGGAGCUCGAGAGCACCUUGAAAAGUGGCAGCAAAUUCAGGAAGAAAUCCAGAACGACCCCAAGAAAUUCGCGACUCGGAACAUUCGAAAACAGAAGGAGGCACGGAAGCAGAAAGAUGCGGGUGGUAUGCCAGCAGGGGCUUUGUUGAACUAUAUGACAGCCACUAAAGCACGAAGCAAUCUAGCAGAGGAAGGAAUGAAGAGCAAGGAACAGCCACGUUCACCUUCCAAGUCCUCAGCAGCCGCACAGAAAGCUCCCAGGACCCCUUCGAAGUCGACAUUGAGUCAGUCCGAAUUCAUAAGGUCUCCUACAGUGAAGGAGUCCUUCAACACCAGCAAGAGCCGGCAUCUCUUAGCGGUUGCGGAUGAUCCUUCCGAGGAUGUCAUGCCCGACCACGAGGUCAAGGCUAAGCCUGCCGAUGAACCGAUUCAGAUGAUCACAUCGCCUGUUCAGCCAGACGUUGAUCGAAAGACGCCACAACGCGGCAUGAAUGCAACGAUUCUGCAGCCCGAGGGCAUUCCGGCUGCUGUGACGCAACGACGGAACAGAAAGCGUGCCCAAGAAGUCCGCACACUGCCCGAGCCUGAGACAAUAAUAAUCUCAAGUGAUCCACCACCGACAAGCAGUCCCGGCCGACCCAACCGGACUAUGGAGAGCUACUUUGCUCCCUAUAUAGCUAAAAGCCGCAAGGCAAAGGCAACAUCAGCAAGAGCCCUCGCAGAAGCAGAUCUGCCUGCAAUACCUCCCGAGAUAAGCACAGGGCUCAAGUCAACCUUCUCCGGCACCCAUAUCCGUGCUUUCCCCCGCGGCAGCUUGCCUGGCACCUGGAAAGAAACCGAGGGCGAGGCAGACGGUAGAUCUCGGGUGGAUCUGUCCAAGACGACACGUCCUCCUCGCAUCAGCAUUGUGGAUUUGACAAGCAGCUGAAGCCAUUCAUGGACUUUUCAAGGCUUUUUGACCUUCCAAAAGUCUUUGUUUUCGAAGAAGGUUUUGCUACGAGUAAUCUCAACAGCACUUGCUUCAAUCGUGGCGAUAGCAUUAGGCUUCUCAAUGCGGACUUUAGCCACGGUAUGGCCGUAGUUGAGGGUGACAAUUUGUGCCACUGCCGAUGCAAGUGCCUCAAUUGUAUGAU